GGGUCUAGGCUGGAAGGGAUUCAGUUUGUGAAAUUGGCGUGAACAAUUAUUUGUUUUGCUUUUUUGCUACCCCUAAGCCUUUUCCUAACAUUGAUCUAAUUCUCCAAACCUGCUACGUUACUUAUCCAUACCUGCUGCGUAAAUUCUAACCUGCGACAAAAAGUACAUUCUGACAAACUGUAUCCCUUCUAGCCAAAACCCUCUUGACGUGGCAUUGCUUCCCGCAGCCAUGUUUUGUUAGCUACGUUGUCAUCCUACGUUGUGUGCGGGGCGCUGUUCACUAACUGUCACCAGUAGCAGUGUGGAACUCGUCUGAGGAUAUCAGAUUCAGAGUGUGUUUUCAAAUUCUCGGAGGGUGCUAUGGCAACCUUCCCGGAGUUUAUUGCACAGAAUGAGGAGCGUGAUGGGGUGCGCUUCAGCUGGAAUGUCUGGCCCUCUAGUCGUCUGGAGGCCACCCGCAUGGUGGUCCCCGUUGCCUCUCUGUUCACCCCCCUGAAAGAGCGGCCAGAACUGCCCCCCAUCCAGUAUGAGCCUGUGCUGUGUAGCAGGGUGACCUGCCGCGCUGUCCUCAACCCUCUCUGCCAAGUGGAUUACAGAGCCAAACUGUGGGCUUGCAACUUCUGCUAUCAGAGAAAUCAGUUUCCUCCUACCUAUGCUGGGAUAUCAGAUGUCAACCAGCCAGCUGAGCUGCUGCCACAAUUCUCCACCAUUGAAUAUGUGGUCCAGAGAGGUCCCCUGAUGCCGCUGGUCUUCCUGUAUGUGGUGGACACCUGCAUGGAGGACGAGGACCUGCAGGCUCUGAAAGAGUCCUUACAGAUGUCCCUGUCCCUGCUGCCUCCUACGGCCCUGGUGGGCCUCAUCACCUUUGGACGCAUGAUCCAAGUCCACGAGCUGGGCUGCGAGGGCAUCUCCAAGAGCUACGUUUUCAGGGGAACCAAAGACCUCAAUGCCAAACAAUUGCAGGAGAUGCUGGGCUUGACCAAGCCCACUGCUGCACAGGCAGGACGGGGUCCACAAGCUCCACAGGCCCCCCUCUCCAACAGAUUCCUCCAGCCAAUCCAGAAUAUUGACAUGAACCUGACAGACCUGCUUGGAGAGCUGCAGAGAGAUCCCUGGCCUGUCACUCAGGGAAAACGGCCCCUCCGCUCGUUAGGAUCAGCCAUGUCUAUCGCUGUUGGCUUGCUGGAGUGCACCUUCCCUAACACUGGGGCACGCAUCAUGACCUUCAUCGGUGGGCCAGCCACUCAGGGCCCAGGCAUGGUGGUAGGAGAUGAGCUGAAGGCCCCUAUUCGCUCCUGGCAUGACAUUGAGAAGGACAAUGCCAAGUUCAUGAAGAAGGGGACCAAACAUUACGAGGCGUUGGCGAGCCGUGCUUCCACCAAUGGCCACAUCAUAGACAUCUAUGCAUGCGCUCUGGACCAGACUGGACUGCUGGAAAUGAAGUGUUGUUCCAAUCACACUGGAGGCUACAUGGUGAUGGCAGACUCUUUCACCACCUCACUAUUCAAACAAACCUUCCAGAGGGUUUUUACCAAAGAUGUGUCUGGAGCCUUCAAGAUGGCCUUCGCUGGCACUCUGGAGAUAAAGACAUCUCGAGAGAUCAAGAUUUCAGGAGCCAUCGGGCCAUGUGUGUCAUUAAAUGCCAAAGGACCGUGUGUAUCUGAAAAUGAAAUUGGAACAGGGGGCACCUCUCAAUGGAAGAUCUGUGGUCUUGAUCAUAACACCACUCUGGCAGUGUACUUUGAGGUGGUCAAUCAGCAUAAUGCACCUAUUCCCCAGGGGGGCCGAGGGGCGGUCCAGUACGUCACACAGUACCAACACUCCAGUGGGCAGAAACGCAUCCGAGUCACCACCACCGCCAGAAACUGGGCAGAUGCAGGUACCCAGAUCCAGAGUAUUGCAGCAUCAUUUGACCAGGAGGCCUCAGCCAUCCUGAUGGCUAGACUGGCUGUGUACCGCGCUGAGACCGAGGAAGGCCCUGACGUGCUUCGCUGGCUGGACAGGCAGCUCAUCCGGCUGUGUCAGAAGUUUGGAGAUUAUCAUAAGGAUGAUCCCAACUCUUUCCGCUUCUCAGAAACCUUUUCUCUCUAUCCCCAGUUUAUGUUCCACCUAAGAAGAUCUCCUUUCCUGCAAGUGUUCAACAACAGCCCAGAUGAGAGCUCAUACUACAGACACCAGUUCAUGCGUCAGGACCUGACCCAGUCUCUCAUCAUGAUACAACCCAUUCUCUAUGCCUACUCCUUCAACGGGCCCCCAGAGCCUGUGUUGCUGGACAGCAGCAGUAUCCUUCCUGAUCGCAUCCUUCUCAUGGACACCUUCUUCCAGAUACUCAUCUACCAUGGAGAGACUGUCUCUCAGUGGCGUAAGGCAGGCUACCAGGAGUUGCCAGAGUACGAGAACUUCCGCCACCUGCUGCAGGCUCCUGUGGACGACGCCCAGGAGAUCCUCCACAGCCGCUUCCCUAUGCCCCGCUACAUAGACACAGAGCAUGGCGGAUCACAGGCUCGUUUCCUGCUAUCUAAAGUAAACCCAUCACAAACCCACAACAAUAUGUAUGCAUGGGGCCAGGAGUCAGGUGCUCCGAUCCUGACAGAUGACGUCAGUCUCCAGGUGUUCAUGGACCACCUGAAGAAGCUGGCUGUGUCCAGCGCAGCCUGAGACUCAGACCGACGCCAUGUUAACCACUGAGCAUCAUCAACACAAGUACUAUAUGAACCCAGUUUUGCUCAACAGUAUUCAACUGAUGCUAUACAUGGGAGUGAACAACCAAAAGAGAAUACCUCUUUCUCCUUUUUAUAUUGAAAACCAAGAGCUUUGUACAGGAAAGUGACUAUGUGCAGAGAAUGAUCUGCAGUAUAGCCUUUUUAUGACACUAGUUGGUCAAUUAUUGUAAAAACAAAAGAAAACAUCAGUUGUUGCCUACUAGCUAAAUGUUUGGUCCCAGAUCAGUAUGAAUUGUAAGAUCAGUCUGCUAUUCAUGUACUUUUCCCCCAGAACACUAACUAACCCAACAUCCAGUCAGUUAUUUUAUUGUGAUGCCCAAUGGAGUUACUUUAUAUUACAUUUUCUGUCUGUUUCUAUUUUUUUUUUAAACUAUAUAUGUUUCUUGUAUCAGAGAAAUAUAUAAUAUUAUCAUCCAGUCAGUCAGACGUCAUAGUGGUAGGCUACAGAAAGAGAACAAGUGGGUGUCGUAUCGUCGGUGGUACAGAUUAGAGAAUCCAAUACAAUGGUAUCUAAUUAGAGCUAAGUGUUUUUUGUUCUUCUCCCUGCGUACACCACAUAAUAAUGGGUUAUUUCAGACCUUUUAGUGUGUGCUGUCUAAUUCAUGUUAGUCAUUCAUAUCAAACACUCAUUGUGGUUAAAAAAAACCCUAAGAAACAUGAUAGUAUACUAUACAGACUGGUACUAACAUGCUCCACCAUACAGAGUAUAGCAGGGUAUAAAAGCUGCCUUCCCUUUUCUCUGAAUCGGAUAUCAUUUCCGAAACAGUGUUGUUUCUGACAUUUCUAAUAAAAUACCUUGUUAAAAUA